CAUUCGAAAUUCGUGCGUGCAACGCGAAGGACGUGCCGCUCCGUAGCUCGCUGUCCCGCUCACACACGCUCUCGCUCUCUCUAUCGUUCGCACUCUGCCUCUCGUUCACUCGCGUGUGUCUGCCGCUUCGCAUUUGUUGUUUGCAACAUUUUCGCGCCACCCCAAAAAGUAAAUAUACGAGUGUUAAGUCGCCCCCCGAAAAAAUCGGCCAGUUUGCCCGACCUUUGGUGACGUCAGAGGCUGGGAAAAAAUCGCCAGGAUGUCUGCGAAUAAUCAGCAGCAGCAGGCGAAUCCUUCGGCCGCCGUUGUGGCAUCCGCCGCCUCCUCGGAAUACCUGAAGCGCACCUGCCUCAUCUGUGGCUGCCACACGAACCAGACGAUCAAUAUCUACGAGCCCCGAUCCGGACCCAAUAUCGUCCAGCUAAUCCAGGCGAAAUUCAAAUUUCAGCCUCUGAAUGAGGACAAGUUCCUCUGCUUCAGCUGCAACAACUGGCUGAUCAACUGGCACUCGCUGCAGGCGGUGAACAGCAAUGAGGCGGAGGGCCAAAGCCAAAGUCAGAGCCAAAGCCAGAGUCCCUCGCACAUGGGCAACAGUGUCCUCCAGCAGCAGGAGCAGCGGACCAAGCUGCGUCCAGUGGCGAUGGUGCGUCCCCAGGUGCGAGUGCAGCCCAUCUCCCACUCCCAACCCGUACCCCAGUUGCAGCCACAAGCUCCAGUCAAUCCCACACCCGCUCCCAUCACCUACGCGAAGCGGAGGAGCAGCCGACGCAGUGCCUCCGUCAGUCGGAUGAGCAGAAUCCUGCGGCAGAGCUGCCUGGAGAGCCUGCGAAGGAGUCCCAAGAAGAGGAUGUUCCUCUGCAUCAAACCGCUGAAUGCCAAGAGGAGCGGAAGUGCCAUUUGCCGGGUGGAGUGUGUGGCGCCCAGGAGGAAGCCCAUGGAAGCCACCGCAACCACUGGAACCACUGGAACCACCUCAACCACUAACCAAAGAUGCCCGCAGCCCAGUGUGGAUGGCAAGGUGGUGGCCAUGUUCCGGCGUCUGGGAACCACGCUCAGCAGGGAGCAGCCACCCGCAGAAUCAACCACCUCGAAGUCCACCUCCUCCUCCUCCUCCUCCACCGCCUCUUUGAAGCUCCCGCAGAUCAUGAGUCCUCUGAAGGAGAAACCGCGCUGGACGCGGGCACUCGAUGAGGAUGAGAUCCUGCUGGAAUUCGAUAGCGCCAUUUCCGAAGUUCUGCCAACCAAUAAAGUGAGACGUUGCUUGGAGUAUCAGGUUACCCAUGGCGAUGACAAAGAGAACGAGGAAGUGGAAAUGGAAAUGGAGGAGGAGGAGGAAGGGGAGAAGCAGGAGAAGAAGGUUUGGGACCAAGUGGAACUAAAAGUGGUGCAGGAAGCGGAAGCGCCACUGGAACCACAGAGCCACCGCAAAACGGGCGGCAGCCACCGAGAUUCCCACCAAGCUGCAGUCCAACUUGCCGGCCUGCGAUUGCCAAUGGGCCUUAGUAUUAGCCUGGUCUAAAAAGAGCGGAAGUUAAGGGUCCAAACGCAACGCCCACGCCUCAUCACAACAAAAUAGUCAAAUUGCAUGCACAAUACGCAAAUUAUGAGCAUUAGCGAAUGUCUAAUUUAAUAGUACCUCGAUUACAUUUUAAUUGUUAGUCAAAUACCUUAAAUAAUUAGCGGACAAAAUACACAAACACAAACACAAACACACACAAAAACAAAAUACAAAAUACCUAAGAAUGUUAAGUUAACGGAUGUGGAAAGCUAUAUUUAAAAUAUACACAUUAGUCAUAGGCAACUCCCCAAUUAACCCAAAAAAAAACGCGGAAAACAAAAGAAAAAUCCCCUCGAGCCAAUGUAGUUGAAUUUGUUUGUUUGCUCCAAAAGAAAAAAGUAUUACAAAAUAACAUGCGAAAUAAAAAUAG